UCGCGCUUAUUUCCCGAACAAACCACUAGUCUACGUUUUCGUGCGCUCGCAAUGAAUCCCAACACCGAAGGCAUUUUAUCGAACCCAUCGCAAUGGAAGCGUCCGGAAGAUAUUUUAAAAAUGCAACGGCUCAAACGGAAACAGCGAGCGUUGCAGGAUCGUAUAAACAAUCAUUCGAAAGGUGCGGCCACAGUUGCGGCAAGCAGCAGCGAUGCAGAUCCAAUUGGGAACCGCUUCGAGACCAACCCGAAACGAAAGAAUCCUUUCUCGAGAAAUGUAGAUCCUGCCCCCAAACGACAGAAGGAAGGACACCCGGGUGAGUUGGAUGGAGGAGAGCAAACCAUCUUCGAGCUGCUCAGCAAACCGGUGCCAAACCUUGAAGUACCUUUAACAAAACCUGCCAUUGAACAACGGUUUCUGCAGGAACACUGUCCCAUAGAGCAGUCGCUUCCUGGCGAACCGGAGGAAGAGGCGCCCAAAACGAGUAAGCUCGCACCGAUCCAUUGGAGCAUCAAGAGCAAGCUGCGCAUCAUCUGUCGUACGCCAAUACCGGGCACGAAUCUUAAGACCAAUCAAGAAGCAAGCGGACUCACCUCGUUCGUUCGCUGCAUUGACUCGAAGGAAUCGUCCACCGGGUUGGAUAUAUCGCCCGGUGCACGGUUUUAUCAGGCCACCCUCUACUGGCAACAUCCGUACCUGCCGUGGUUCACACUGUUCCCGAGAAAUGCGCGAAACAACCACACCCAAACGCCACUGGAUGAAUCCGUCCGCGGUGUGCUGGCGAAAGAGUGGACCAUCAGCUUCCGCAACUUGUUUCAGCUCGUCCGUGCCCGGCAGUGUCCGUACUUUUAUCUGUGCGCAAACUCGUUCAGCGUCCUGUUCCGGGCGGCCGGUAUCGGUGGGCGGGUCGAAACCCACGCACUGCUAACACCAACUACGAGGGGAAUGCGUGCCGCGCUGAAGCAGGAAGAGAUUGAAUUUACGAUGCCACUCAAGAAAGGGUCCCUGGCGGCACAGCAGGAUAACUUGAACCGUUCCUCCGAAUCGGGUAUCGGGAACAGUAGCUUCUCCAACUCGUCCGAAGAACAAACGCAAACGACGUGCAACGAAGAUACGGCCGAUCGGUCCCUGGAAGCCGACGAGGACGACGACGAUAUGGAUGGUGAGCAGUGGUUAGAAAGCCUCGGUGUAGAUGCAGCGGAAAUACGCAAGAUCAGCGAUAACCACAGCAAGAAGCAGCAGCAGCGAGAAUGCGGUGCAGACUACAGCGAUCAGUCCCUAGUCCUCAUCGAAGGUCCCGAAUGUCAGGCGUUCUUCAAUUUCCUGCUAAACGCGAAGAGCACCAUAGCGAAGGUUGGCCGAUUAGCUGGCAUACCACCGACCCUGCUUGCGCCGGUGUCCUUCGCCGGAGCCACACUGCGCACUCUGCAGACGCGUUCUAGCAAAAUUCAAAUGGAUGGACAAGAGUACCACAGUACCGAGUUGCAAGGCGUUAUCCUGCCACACAUCUUGCCGUACGUGACCGAUCUGCUGUGUGAAAGUAAGGACAACUUCAGCCUAACGCUUGCAACCGUACCCAGUACGACGGCACUGUGCGAAGCGUCUCAGAAGCUUAUAAGCGAUUCAGACAAGGAAAACGAUGCGUCCGCAUUGGCAGGGCCCGUAUUCGGCAAGGAGAAUCUGUCCGACUGUGGACUCAACAUGCGCAUCGUCGAAAACAUGUGUCGCGCGACGAAGGAUUCCGUAUUCGACACGGAACGUUUGCUGUACAGUCAGGAGGCAGGAGGAUUUACCUGGAGCUAG